GAACACCGACCACAACAUCAUGCUAUUGUGGGCCUACUUCACUGACUCUGAACACCGACCACAACAUCAUGCUAUUGUGGGCCUACUUCACUGAAUCUUGAACACCGACCACAACAUCAUGCUAUUGUGGGCCUACUUCACUGACUCUUGAACACCGACCACAACAUCAUGCUAUUGUGGGCCUACUUCACUGACUCUGAACACCGACCACCACAUCUCAACCAUCGUGGCCAUCCUUCGAUCUGGUAUCUUGACGGACACAUCAGAGCUAUGGAAAAUAGUUCAAGAUUGUCUCAGUAGCCGGCUCCUAAGCAUAAUGUUUAGCCAGAUAAAAACUCCAUAGCAGUGAACCUAUAAAGCUGACAGACUUAAAUAAACUAGUCUUUCACAUAUCAAUUGCAUUCCAGCUCAACUGAUGUGUGAUAUUGAUGUACGGUAGUUUUGUGGGAUGUAUCAUCCUUGCAGAUCAUGACAAAUAUUUGGUAGGUGCCAUUUAACGCAUGGGUUACAGCGCAUCAGAACUGAUGUAGGCAUGAGCCGAAAGAUUAGAAUUUGUAUUUUGUUGUAUGAUAAUUGAAGCAUUGUAAUACUGUGUAAUUUACAUAUUUUUAAAAUAGUGUUUGUGUCUCACAGUUUGUUGACAGAAUUGUUACAAACAGGUCGUUGUAUAAACAGCUCAAUGAUUUCGUUUGGUGUAAUAAAUAACAAUGUCAAGUUUAUAUAUUGGUAACAUUGUCAAGUUUAGAUUGGUAACAUUGUCAAGUUUAUAUUGGUAACAUUGUCAAGUUUAUAUUGGUAACAUUGUCACGUUUAUAUUGGUAACAUUGUCAAGUUAAUAUUGGUAACAUUUUCAAGUUUAUAUUGGUAACAAUGCCAAGAUUAUAUUGGUAACAAUGUCAAGAUUACUAUUUGAUAUGGUUCUUUAUUCACAACAGCUCAGCUUGCCUUAUUCGUUCCACUCUCACUUAUCAUUGACUAGCACAAACACCAUAACAUCGAACGCAGCCAACUCUCAUUACCCCCCCCCUCUUCCACACACACACACACACACCAAAAAAAACGCCACCGAUACAAACCGCAUACCAACAGCUACACAAAAACCUCCCCCCACCAAAUAGAUUACUAUUUGAUAUGGUUCUUUAUUCACAACAGCUCAGCUUGCCUUAUUCGUUCCCCUCUCACUUAUCAUUGACUAGCACAAACACCAUAACAUCGAACGCAGCCAACCCUCAUUACCCCCCCCCCCUCUUCCACACACACACACACACACCAAAAAAAACGCCACCGAUACAAACCGCAUACCAACAGCUGCACAAAAACCUCCCCACACCAAACACGCUCACCAACACAUCAAGUAGCGGUAUACAAAAACACAAACCAAACACACUGACACUCUCUGAAAAAAAAUCACUUAUUCGAAUUGAUACAGACAAUUACCACACACUUUUAAUUACGUAUGAAUAUUUGUGAAAACUUUAAAUGUCUUUUCAUUGGUGUUGGAGAGUAGUCGGUUGUAUUUUAAAACAGUUUCAGUGACAGGACACAUCCUCUCCCCCUGAACUUAACACCUAACAGGGAAAACCCAUGCAAGGAUUCACGUCAUUGAGCACCCUUUUAAACCUGGCAAAGCCAGUUAUGAAAAGGUUUGAUAACCCAAUAUUCAAAUCACCCCAGGGCUCCCUACUUACAGCCCAUUCCUCAAUCCCCCCAGCCGCCCCUCUUGCCCCCCCUCUUCCCUUAGGUACCCAACCACCGUGCCGCCGGUCGUGAUGAUGAUUCCCACAGACACGCCCCGUGCCAUGGCCUGGGACCCUUUCACUACGACCUAUUCAUUGAAGAAGACGUCACUGGCCUACUUUUGGAGGUAUUUCCUUCGUAGUAGGACAUGGACUCUCGGGCAGUGAUGGAUGAGGACCCCUGGCACCCUUAGGUGUUGUAAAUAUUGCGACCCCCCUCCUAUAGGCGUAUAUAAAGGGGCAGAGAGGUACAUAUGUCACCGGGCGCCAGACUAGAGGGGGCGGCGAAAUGAGAUUUGGUGGGGUUAUUUUUUUAAAUAUUGAUAAAAACAACGGGGUUCACUGUGGAAAAACAGGGAGUGGUGGGCUAUGCGUACAAAUAAAUUUUGUAACCGAGCCCCAAACACUUGAGCUAAACAAUUAAGUUACAUAUUAUUCAGAAAUAUGUUCAUUAUAAGGACCACUGGAAAAUAAAAAGUUCAGUUCGGUUAUUUGUGAUUUGUAGGAUUCAUGUGCGCAAUUCCACUACGUGAGUGAGCCAUUCCAUUAGGCAAAUAGGCAAUUACAAUAUGAAUAUGGGAAAGAGUAAUUCCAAUAUGGGAGUGAGCAACUCCAACAUGGGAGUGAGCAAUUCCAAUAUGGGAGUGAGCAAUUCCAAAAUGGGAGUGAGCAAUUCCAAUAUGGGAGUGAGCAAUUCCAAUAUGGGAGUGAGCAAUUCCAAUACGGGAGUGAGCAAUUCCAAUAUGGGAGUGGGCAAUUCCAAUAUGGGAGUGAGCAAUUCCAAUAUGGGAGUGAGCAAUUCCAAUAUGGGAGUGAGCAAUAGCAAUAUGGGAGUGAGUAAUUCCAAUAUGGGAGUGGGCAAUUCCAAUAUGGGAGUGGGCAAUUCCAAUAAUAUGGGAGUGAGAAAUAGCAAUGCGCCAGUGAGCAGUGACAUGCAAUCUCUUCUAAACAUUUUUUUUUUAAUUAUCAUAAAUUGGUCUCUAAAUUGUUUACUUCUAUUGUUCUUUCCUUGCGUGGUUGUACUUGGUCUUUCCUUCGAUUGGCGUCCUGGUCUUUUUGCCUACAUAUUUGUAUUGAGUUGUCAAUGGGCUUCUUGUUCUAGACAUGUGCCUCGCCUCUCUGCCGCGUUAAAACACAUUGAAGGCCCCAUCCCCCUGAGCGGUCUUCAAAACAUAUUCUUUCCACUAGGCCCUUUACCUUAUGCCAGUGGUCGGUUAAUCGCGGCUCGCGAGCCUCGUGGGGCUCUUUAGCGACCUGAGUGCGGCUCUUUAGCGACCUGAGUGCGGCUCUUUAGCGACCUGAGCGCGGCUCUUUAGCGACCUGAGCGCGGCUCUUUAGCGACCUGAGUGCGGCUCUUUAGCGACCUGAGUGCGGCUCUUUAGCGACCUGAGUGCGGCUCGGUCAGUCGACCACAAAUCGGUUUUCACUUCGAAAAACAUGGCUCUUGACAUGUUGUUAAAAAGAAAUUUCCCUCUCAAUUUUUGUGUAAUCGCCCUGCUGCUGAUUUUUUGCUCUUUUGGCCAGUGCGUUUGCCGACUACUGCCUGAUCCAAUUCUCCACAAUGUCAUUACUUGCGGCUAGCAUCAUGAAGGUUUUUGUCUUUUUUUUUUUAUGAACUUUUGUGAUAUAUAUAUAUUUUAUGAAUGAUGAGCAAUGAUAAUAUCUUGAACUGAGGUGAAGUUUAGAUGAUAUAUUUUGAGGCUGAGCUGUGACCUAUGUAAUGGUCAUUGAAGUGUAAAUGUUUAAAGUGUUUUAAUGUAUACAACCAAAACAUUUUUUUAUUGUUAUUAAAACAACUGUGAGCUGAGAAAUAAUGAAAAUGUUUUAAAUUCGAAAAUAUCCAAGGCUUUAAAUCAAUAGCAUACGCAUGUAUUAACUAGCGGAUCAAUUUCAUGGAACAUCUUUCCCAUAGGCCUGCUAGAGUUAAACGUAGCAAUUUGUAUUUGUUCCUACCGCGCAGCUAAAUCCGGGAACCUUGUUCAGGAUAUACGAGUGUGUUUUUUUGUUUCUUUCACUGUCUGAUAUUCCCACAAAUAGUUGAGACCGGUGGACCUCAUUUUGUCUCAAGAGUUUUAUUUCCCAAAUAGAAUAGCUAUUUGUGUACGAUAUUUUUAUUUACAAUGUGAAGUUUGAUGCAAUGUGGGACAUUUUCUGCGCAGUUGACGAAAGCUUUUUAACGAACUAAGAUAUUUUAAAAAUUGAACCCACAUCUCUAUCUCUCUCUCAUUUUCUCUCUCUCUCUCUCAUUUUCUCUCUCUAUUUCCUUCUCUCUCUAUCUCCUUCUCUCUUUAUCUCCUCUCUUUCUCUUUCUCUCGUUAUCUCUUUCUGUCUCUCCUUCUCACUCUCUCUCUCUCUCUCUCUCUUUCCCUCUGUCUCACUCUACCCUCGUCUCUGUCUCCUUUCGUAACAUGCUUCUUGCAGUGGCGUAUAAGAUUUAGUGCCACUCGGGGCGGGCCAAGAUAGUUGCUGCGCCCCCCUUCCCCCCCACACACACACACAAUCUCAGCAGAUGGCCAAAAAUGCCGCCCCUUAAUAGAUAGAAAAAGUAACGUCCGGUGUAGAUCACCCCUCCCGCCCCCCUCCCUUUCCCUUUUCUCCACCAGUGGGCACUUGUCUUUAUCCAUAUCCCA